AUAUUAUCAAGAUUUAAAAAUGCUGCAAAAAGCAGAUAAUAAUUGGCAACAUCCCUAUGUUGACGUGUUCAAGUAUUACAAUAUUGGAGUUGACUGGAAAAGAACAGAGAAGAAAGGAUGCGUCACUGAAUACCUUGCAAAGGAAAUUGGCAGAAGAGCUUUUAAUAUUAAGGGGCAUAUCUCUUCAAAGAACUACAUCAAAUGUCCUCACCCUUUAUCCAAGAUCAAAAACCUGGGCCUUAUUGGAAGAUUUAUCUAUAUCGAAGCCAAAGUUGAACCAGAAAAGCCAUAUUUCAUUCACUUGGAAUUUUCAAUGGAAGGGCGGAAUAAUUUAAGAUUCUCAUUUUCAAAUUUAUACAAAGAAAUUAGUCUACCUAAUAACUUCGUAAUCCAGAUCCCUCUUGAGCUGACAAGAUCAUGGACGAUCCUCGUCGUAGACGUGGCUAGAAUAAUGCACUUAUCAGAGCUAUUCCCUGAAGACUACUUAAUUGAUGGAGCCCAUAUGCUAAAGAGUUUCACAUUUGGCUCUGAAAUCAAAGUAAGAGGGAUCUUCACAUCCGACAACUUUUAUACCUGGAACAAGUUACCCUGCGACUUCCAAUUCAAGGCUCCAGCUGGAGCCGACAAGAAGGAAUUUGAGAAGCAGUUUGUAUGGACUUGUAUCCCAAGUGUCAACCCUGAACUCAUUGAGCAAUACCUCAAAGAGAGCAGUCCGCUCAAACCUCAGGCUUCUGAAGAUAGCCAAGAGGACGAAAAUUCCUUGUUCAGGAAUUCAGAACUUGAAGAGAGAAAGCCUGAGAUGUACGAUUACGAAGAAAGCAAGCGUGGUGAAAAGAAGCAAUAUGCUGAUCACACAAUGACCAAAUCUGAGCUAGGCAAUAUCGGAGGAUCUGGCAGCAGCAAAGUUGAAGAGAAAGGUGAUAAACAAGUCAACUUUGAACAAGAGGAAGAAGGUAAAGUUAUCAAUGCGCAGAAUGGCAACAAAAGUGAAAAGUUAGCUAUUGAUCCUAUUCUUAACAUGGAUUAUGUUAUCGGCUACACUGGGAAAAAUUUGAAGUGGUCACCAAACAAAGAAGACAAGUCCAUAGUCUAUGCUUCAGGAGGACUCCUUGUCUCUUUAAAUGUUAGAUCAAAUAAGCAAAGAUUCUUCUUUGGACAUACUGAUAUGAUUACAUGCUUUGCUUUCAGUCAAGAUGGAUCUCUAUUAGCCUCAGGACAAGAGAAGAAGAAAGCAACCAUUAGAAUAUGGGAUUUCGAAACUGGCAAAACAUGUGCUGUCCUCCAUCCAAAGCUCAAAACUGUCGAAUGCAUCAGCUUCAACUGUAACAGUACUGUCUUGGCUGUCUCAGGAAGAGAUGAAAAGAACAAAGAAUGCAUCAUUCUUUGGGAUAUCUCUGUGCUAAACACUAACACCAAGCCUCCAGUCAUCACUAAACAGUUGAGUAACUUUAAUAUUAUGGCAAUGAAGUUCUCUCCAAUAGACCCUUUUGUUGUAAUGUCUUGUGGAAAAGAAAAUAUAAGAUCUUGGAGACUUAAAAACAAGCAUCUCCAAGGAUGCUCAGUAGUGCUAGAUCACAGAGCUAGAAACACCGUUUUUACUGACCUUGAUUAUGAAUACGGGUUCAAAAGUUCUGAUCUUGUUGAAAAUGAAAGUCUGAGCAGGAUCCUUAUAUCAAGUCAGACAGGAUUGAUUAUAAUCAUUAAUUACCAUUCAAAGAAACUUGAGAAUGCUUUUCAGAUUCAUGAUGGCCCAAUCCUUUCAAUCUCAGUUAAUGAAGCCUUCUGUGUAACUGGAAGUGAAGACAACCUACUCAGAGUGUGGCUGCUAGAUUUUUCAGAAUAUUUCAUUGAGGCUCCUCACGAUGGUCCUGUUUCAGCAGUAGACAUUUCUCCAGAUGGAACCCAGAUCGUAUGCGGUACUAAUAACGGAUCCCUUGGGAUGGUCGAUAUUGCAAAAGAAAAAUAUGUGACUUUACUCAGAUCUCACUCUGAUGAAAUCUUAUCAGCUGAUUAUAAUAUUGAGAGGAACUACAUCAUCACCAUUUCAAAGGACAAGACCAUUAGAUUAUGGGGAGUUGAUGGAAAUUUCCAAAAGAUAUAUGAGUUUGUAUCUCCACAUGACCAAGCUAUCUCAGUCAGUUCACAUCCAUCAGAACCAUUAUUUGCAUGUGGAUUUGAAUCUGGAACCCUCAGAAUUUUCGAUAUACAAAAUACUAAAGUUAGAGAAGUAUAUUCCCAGUUCAACCUUCCUCUUGUAGAUCUAGUCUAUAGUUCAGACUCUAGACUACUUCUGACUUCCUCUAAAGAUGGGUACCUUGCUAUCCAUAAUGUUAACUUACAACAUCAACCUAUCAAGAUGCUACAGGUUGAUUUCCCUCCACCACAUAUUUCUCUAGGAUUUGACCCUACCAACUCUGUUUUCGGAGCUUUUGGAGAUAAUGGAAAUUUAGUGAAUAUCUACGACACAGUUAACUUCUCCUUGAUGAAUACCGUGACUCUUAAAUAAAGAAGUUGGGAAAUGCUUCGUGUUCUCACCAGCUGAGCUACAACUAAUAGUAGCUACCACCAGUAACAAAAUCAGGUUCUACGAUCUCAAAGUAAAAGGAGUAAACACACCUCUCAGAGAAAUCACUAACAUCCACAGAGAGUCUAUCAACAGCAUUGACUUCAGUAAAAAUGGACAGUACUUCCUGACCUCGGGUGAUGACAAAAUGGUCAAAGUGUUCGACUCAGAUAUUGAAAAGAUUACUCCAUACCACUUCCAGUCUUUCAUUGGCCAUACAUUCGGUGUUAGAAAGAUCUUCUUUAACCCCAACAACAACUCCCAGUGCUUCUCUGUGGGUGGGAGAGAUGGGAUCCACAUGUGGACCUUCAGAGGAGAUAUCUCUGAUAACUAUGAUAAUUAUGCUGAAGAGCUCCAAGCUCUUAAAGAGAGAACUCAACAAAAGAUGACUUAUAAGGGAGAACCCACUAAGGACCUUGGAGAACAAGUCGAAGAAGCCAAGGAACCAGAGCAAGAAGAAAUUAAUAAAGAAAAUGUUAAUACUGAGAAUAUUGAACGUGACAGCCAGAAAGAUAUUCAAGAGACUGACUCUAAACAAGAGUACAAAGAGUUCCAGGAAACUGAUAUUAAGCCAGGCACUGAACAGUUUAUUCAAGAAGGUCAGGGUCCUAAGGAAGAGGAAGGAAGCCAAAUUUCAGAUAAUUUAUCUGAAAAUGAAUGUCCUCCGACUUCUAUUCUUUAUAACGGAGUGAAUGUACAGGGGAAUAUCAUCUCAAUUCAAGAUAAAAGACUUAUAAUUUUUACAUCUGAGACUGAUAUUGUUCUUCAGAACAAAGACUCUGAAAGCCAAAGAGUUUUAGAAAAUAGUCAUAAUGGACAGCACAUCUCAGCCCUUGCUAUUUCUCGAGAUAACACUCUUCUUGCAAGCUGCUCAUCAGCCCCUGAUGAAGAAGGAACUGCUUCGAUCAUCAUUAGGGAUGUAGAAGAUGAUUUUAACAAAAAGCUCGAACUGAGAUCUCAUAAAAAUGGGAUAGAUACUCUUCUAUUUUCAUACUGUGGUGAGUUCUUGAUAUCCCAAGGAAAUAGUGACGACAAGACAUUAGCAAUCUGGCAUAUACCAACAGGAGAACUUAUCAAGUCAACUCUAUGCCCACUCUAUUACUCUGGCAUAUCUUUAUUAGAGAACGAUCUUGAGAGCAAACUCAUGUUUGCAACAGUAGGAAGAGAGGCUUUUAGACUUUGGAAGAUUAGUGAAACUCAUGAAUUAUUAUUUUACGAUGUAGAGCUCCCAGAAGCCGAGCUGAAUCUUACCUCUAUCAGUGUUGCUCCUGUGCUCCCAGAACCUUACAACACUUCAGUUGUCCUGAUUGGUACUGAAGAAGGAGAUGUCAUCAUUUGAAGUCCUCAUGAUGUCCAGUUCUUAGCUAAAGUAAACAGAGUAAUGACAAGAGAAAUCACUAUUAUUGACUGCAGGAGGGAUGCAAUUCUGCUAGCUGACUCAGCUGGUAAUCUAGUUAGACAUUCUAUCGAUGAAGGAAAGCCCCUUUUCACUGAGCCUGGAACUGUCCUAAUUUUCGAUGGUCCAGUAAUCGCAAUUAGUUUUGAUGAAAAUUUGAUGGAGGGACACGUUGGAACUACAAACAAUAAUUUGAACUAUGCAUCAUUCGCUGCUUAUGAGGUAAAUAAUUAAGAAUUUCAAUUAAGCCACAA